GCCUCUCCUCCCGCCCUAACGGCUAGUAAUCCCAUGCUCAAAUUUAAAUGUUUACGCCUCUCCCUCCAUCCCCAUGAAGCCAAAAAUCUCUACUUUACUUCUUCCUUGGCCGUGGCAGCGGCGGCUCCCGUGGUUGUAGGCUCCAUUUCACAGCCCCAAAGGAUCGUUUCAAAUCUCCGAGUCCCGGAGACCCACUUCUUUCCCAUCUCCCUUGACCCCAGGUCCUUCGUUGCGGCCCUGGUGCAAUGCCGGAGCCCGUCCCAGGUCGACAAGGUUCAUGCGUUGGCUAUCACCACCUCGAUGAUCGAAAACCUCGGCGUCGCCAACAAGCUGGUAUAUAUCUAUGCGGAGCACAGGGCGCUGGAUGAUGCCCAUGCUCUCUUUUGCCGGAUGAAAGAGCGGGAUAAUGUGUCUUGGAGUGUGAUGGUCGGUGGGUUAGCAAAGAUUGGAGAUUACGAGAAUUCUUUGAGAAUUUUUAGGGAGUACAUUCGUUCCGGCUCUCGGAUUGAUAACUACACUCUGCCUUUUGCUUUAAGAGUGUGUAGAGAUACGAUGUCAGUCCAAUUGGGUACGGAGAUCCACCAACUUGUUUACAAGGCUGGGCUUCACUCUGAUCUGUUUGUGUCGGCAGCAUUAGUCGACAUGUAUGCUAGAUGUGCUCACGUGGACGAUGCUCGCAAGGUGUUUGAUAAGAUGUCGAAGAGGGAUAUGGUGAGUUGGACGGUCAUGAUUUCUGGGUAUACCGAGUGCGGGAACCCUGAGGAGUCUCUGGUAUUGUUUGACAAAAUGAUGGAAGAAGGAAUUGUUCCUGAUAAGGUCACGAUGGUGACUGUUGUUUUUGCUUGUGCGAAGCUGGGGGCCAUGCAUAAGGCUAAGAUGGUCCAUGAUUACAUAUCGAGGAGAAAUUUCUCAUUUGAUGUGAUUUUGGGGACGGCAAUGAUUGAUAUGUAUGCCAAAUGUGGCAGCGUGGAUGCUGCCAGGGAUAUCUUUGAUCGGAUGAAGGAAAAGAAUGUCAUUACUUGGAGCUCCAUGAUAUCGGCUUAUGGGAUUCAUGGGCAUGGUAGAACAGCUUUGGAGUUGUUCCCUCAGAUGUUGGAGAGUGGGAUUCUGCCAAACCGAAUUACCUUUGUUUCCAUCCUCUCUGCUUGUAGUCAUGCUGGUUUGGUUAAUGAAGGUCGGCAGUUUUUCCAUUCCAUGAAGAGAGAUUAUUCGAUUGAACCUGAUGUGAAGCACUACACUUGCAUGGUGGAUCUUCUUGGCCGAGCAGGAAAACUUGAUGAAGCACUGGAAUUGUCAAAUAGAAUGAAAUUAGAGAAAGAUGAGGGCUUUUGGGGUGCAUUGUUAGGUGCUUGUAGGAUCCAUGGGAAUGUAGGGUUGGCAGAGAAAGCUGCAACAAGCCUUCUCGAGCUCGGUCCACAAAAUUCUGGCUACUAUGUUUUGUUAUCUAAUAUAUAUGCCAAUGCGGGUAGGUGGGAAGAUGUGGCCAAAGUAAGGGAUUUGAUGUCCAGCAGGAGAUUGAAGAAGACUCCUGGUGGGACAUGGAUUGAGAUUAAUAACAAGACUCAUCAGUUUAGAGUAGGUGACAAGAGCCAUCCACAAUCGAAGGAGAUCUAUGAAAUGUUGAAGGCCCUGAGAGAGAAGUUGGAGUUGGCUGGUUAUGUUCCUGACACUAAUUUUGUGCUGCAUGAUGUGGAUGAGGAACUUAAAGCAGAGUUCUUAUACACUCACAGUGAGAAGCUGGCGAUUGCGUUUGGUCUUAUUGCAACAGCUGACGGAACAACAAUCAGGAUAGCUAAGAACCUUAGAGUCUGUGGAGACUGCCACACAUUUACCAAGCUGGUAUCGGCUAUUGUACAGAGGGAGAUCAUUGUUCGAGAUGCAAACCGAUUUCACCACUUUAAGGAAGGUUCCUGUUCUUGUGGGGACUAUUGGUGACAAACCAAAUUUGCAAUGAGGCUGAAUGCAAAAUCAAAUGUUUGCAUAGAAUCGAACAAGUAGAUGCCUUGGCUCUUUGCUCCAGGUAUGAACCAUCUGCUGCAACUAACUCAAGAACAUCAAUAACUGAGGAGAACAUGAUUAUCAAAUGGGCCAUUUGCACCACAAUGAGCUCCAGCAUUAUCAGCCUGUUAGGGUAGUUCUCGAUUUAAACCUUGCCCACUUGUAAGUUCACCAAUCAUAAGUGCCCAACAACCUUAGCAGCUAGUUUCAUUGGAAGAAGAUCAUGCUACUUACAUGAAGCUCCAGUGAUAUUUGAUAUGAUAGCAGCUAAGCUUAAUAAUAAAGUGACUUUGAUGGGACCUUUU